GUUCUCGGCCUGCCGCCUUUCUGUUGCUGGAGUGACACGUCAAACAUUACGGCGCGGGCAAGGGAACCGGCCUGUUCCAACCCCCCAUCGGGGUGGGGGAGAGGCGCGUGCGGACUAUGAGUACGGUGCUGACAGACGUGAUAAUUCUGGAAACUAUGGACAUACUCUUUAGAAUAAGAGGAGGCCUGGAUCUUGCAUUUCAGCUGGAUACUGCUGAUGAGACUUCAGCGAAAAAGGCAGUAAAGUAUGUUUUCAGUGAUCUGUCGACCAAACUGUCUUCAAAUGUACUGGUAUUAAGAAUUUGCCAUAGUUCAGUGUAUGUAUGGCCUAACAGCAGUAUGAACACAGUUCCAUCAGAACUGACUGAUAAUUCUGUUUGUAAGGAGAUAAUACGAUUUAUUCAAUUUGACCAAGAAGAUGAGACUAAAAGAAAACUUGCAAAAAAGAAGGAGAAAAGGUUCCAAGAUAUGCAGCAGAUAGUAAAUGUAGACCUUAUGUUGGAAAUGACAUCUCCUUUGGCAGCUGUAGCCCCAGUCAUUGAAAGGGAAAACAAGAGACACCACUACGUUAACAUGACCUUACCAAUUGAUGUUGUUGUAUCUGUUUCUCCAGAAGAGCCCUGGAGGAAUGUACGAAAUCUCCUGGUGAAUGCAAUUCAUAAGCAACUAACUGAUAUGGAAAGAUGCAUUUUGAAAUAUAUGAAGGGAACAUCUAUUGUGGUACCUGAACAAUUUCACUACAUUCUACCAGGAAAAAAGCAACUUGUAACAAUUUCGUAUCCUGCUGGCAUUUCAGAUAAUCAGCUAGAGACUUACAGAAAGGAAUUACAUGAACUGUUCCAUCUGCCCUCUGAUAGACCAUAUUUAAGAAGAGUGAAUGCUUAUCGCUUUCCAGAUGAACCAUAUAAAGAUGGCUGUCUCAGAAAUCCACACAUAUACCUCAAUCCACCUGGCAUAGAGGCUGGUAUGGUGUAUUUGGUACAUGGUGUAUAUAGUUAUCAUCAUUAUAUGCAGGAUCGGAUAGAUGAUAAUGGCUGGGGAUGUGCGUACCGGUCUCUGCAAACUAUCUGUUCAUGGUUCAAGCAUCAGGGUUACACAGAGAAAUCUAUACCUACACACAAGGAGAUUCAACAGGCACUAGUUGAUGUUGGAGACAAACCAGCUGCAUUUGUUGGGUCACGGCAGUGGAUUGGCUCUAUUGAGGUACAACUUGUAUUGAACCAGUUAUUAGGAAUAACUUCAAAAAUACUGUUUGUCAGCCAGGGUUCUGAGCUAGCUUCUCAGGGAAGAGAAUUUGCUAAUCAUUUCAAGACUGAAGGAACUCCAGUUAUGAUUGGUGGAGGCGUUCUGGCUCACACAAUACUAGGAGUGGCAUGGAAUGAGGUUACAGGACACAUAAAAUUUCUGAUUCUAGACCCACAUUACACUGGUGCAGAAGAUCUGAAUAUUAUCUUGGAAAAGGGUUGGUGUGGAUGGAAGGGCCCAGACUUUUGGAGCAAAGAUGCUUACUACAAUCUCUGCCUACCUCAGCGACCAAAAACUAUUUAAAUUCCAAUUGAAAAAAUUAUGUUAAUACAGAAUUUAAGACUUGAUACAGACAGAGCUGUCUUAUUUAAAAUAAAAUGAAUAAGCUUUAGAAAACUUUUAAUUAUUUUCAAUUUAAACAGUGUUUUGUUAGUCAAAAGUCGCUGAAAUAAAAAUGCUAGUUGAAUUCUUUAUGCUGCAAUUAAGUAUAAAAUGUCUUUUUAAAUAAACAUCAAAAAUGGAAGAAGAGUAAAUCACAUUCAACUGCAUUCUUGUAUAGACAAGUUUAGGUAAAGGAGUUUAUUGUAAUUUUGACAACUUAGAUUAAGGUAAUUAAUAUUUAUAACGUUUUUUUGCUUUCUGAAGGCUCCUGAAGUGCUUUACAAAUUUAGGGGCUGGUCCUUUAACAUUUACUCAUGUAAGCAACUCUUGCUCAUAAAAGUAGACAGCUCUUGUUAGUAAGAUGUGCAGAAUCCUUAGGGCUCCAUAGAGCCCCCUCUAUAGUGAAGUGUGGUAACCAUUUGACAGCAGCCAGUAAUAUCACACAACAACAUGAUAGGCAGGGAAUGUCACUUAACAAAAUGUUAAUCUCCUCAGCACUUUGGAGCCAGAGAGAAACACUGUAUGUGCUAAGUAUCAACUUGGUUUUGCUAUUUACCUGAGAAGAGACUGCCCUAUUAUACAUAGUCUACAAUUGAACACACAGAGAGCUGUAUGAAUACAAGUAUUCUAGAAAAAUGUCUUCUUCAAGAAGCAAAAGUAAUUAAGGUUUCCUCCUUCUCAGAAGGAAACAGCAGAACAUCAAAUAGUGGGUUGCUUAGUUCAUAGACCAAUAAUGUUGUUUUUGAAGAUUUCAGAUUCUUUUCAGGGUUACAGGUUUUCCCACCUGCAGUCUAAGACGUGAUAUCUGUUCAAACAAAAGAGCUUACUUUACAAAAUAGAAGUAUACAUCUCGAUUUAUCAAAACGCUUGGCUAUAGUAGAGCAUGGCUGUUUAGUGCAUCACUCUCUCUUUCUACCUAAAACCUAGGUAGUUGUAUUUAUAUUUAAAAAAAAAUGUUUUGUGCAUUUAAUUGAACUUGAAAUUUCCAUCCAAGUAGAGAUUGACACAAAUCACAAGGAAAAAAUUAAUUGAGUAAGUAGUUAAGGUUUAGGCUUACUUAAAUUAAUGUGUAUAAAUAUAGCAUACUCUCCUGCUUAGCAAAAAGACUAUAUUUACUUGCAAAUCAACAUGUUUUAAGGGGUUCCAACCAAUAAGAAUAAACUUUUGAGGAAAAUAACUAAAAAGAAUUAAAAGCGAUUAUUUAAAUCAA